AUGAAAAAGAUAAAUUUGAUUUUAUUUCUUUUUUAUUUAUAUCGAACAAACUCUGCGGUCUCAACAGAAACUGUUGAACUUAAGAACCCAAAGGAGUUAAUUAUGAGAAAUAACAGUGCUACAGAUAGUUAUAUAAAUAAUUCAACAAAUCAUAAGAUUGAUAUUGACAAAGAAAGUCGUUUGAACAAUGGUUCUUCUAUAAAUAUGAAUAUUCAAGGUUCAAUCUCAUACCCUGAACAUAAGCAAAACACUGGUUCAGCUAUUGCAUCUACUGCUACAAGAAACUUUAGUGAAGAUACCAACCAAACUUUAGGAAAUCAAAAUAGUAGAAAUAAAACUCAUGAAGCAAUGAAAAUUAUAGAUAAUAGAGAUAUAAAGAAUACUAAUUUUCCCAAAAAAACCUUUGAAAAUUCCAUUUCCAACAACGAACCUAGUGAUACAGAUAAUACAACUGAUCAAAAUAUUGAAAUAUUUCACUCAGAUGUUCUAGCUCAACUAUAUCAAAUCGACAAUAACUUAAAAAAGCUUCACAAAAUGGCUAGAAAUGAUAAGAAAUUGCUUAUUCAAAUACAAUCAAUUGCAUUUCUUGCAGAUAAAAUAAAGGAACAAAUAGCUAGAGAUGUAUCAGCUUUAAAUGAAACAGUAGGCUUAGAAGUACUGAAUGGAAAGGAGUUGAAUAAACUUCAGAGUUUACAUGAAAAUCAAGUAAAAGAUCACUUAAAUUUCAUUAAACAUGAAAAUAUAGUCACAGUUAAAACAGGCACGGUUACUGGGACUAGUCAAUCUUAA